AUGAGUGCAUCAUCGAAGACUCGCCUUCAAACCGAGUCUGCUCGUGGUUUUCAUGCUAAUCCAGCAUUUGAAGACACUGAACCAUCUACAAAUGCACCAAGUCCAAUGGGUUCAAAAAUUUUAAUGGUAAAACCGAAUGAUGAAAAAACACCGCAUAAUGAAUCACAAAAACCAUCACACAAUGUUGGACAUUUAAUUUUACGUGGUAUUCGAUCUAUAUGGGCAACACGACAAACAGAAAAAGAUUUGAGAAAAAAUAAAGAACUUUAUGUCAAGACAACACUGCGUGAACUUGUAGUAUAUCUCGUAUUUAUUACUAUUUUAUGCAUAAUUACAUUUGGUAUGACAAGUACAAAAAUGUAUUAUUUUACAACCGUCUUGACGGAUUUAUUUGUAACCACAAAAGUCGAUGGUCCUGGAGAUCGACCAGCAUUUCAAGAUAUUGCAAAUUUUCAAGAUUUUUGGGAUGUCAUGGACGGUCCUAUUGUAGAAGGUUUGUACAAUGAAAAAUGGUAUAAUGAUGAUAACAUUACAGCAGCUCAAUAUGGUUAUGUUUUAUAUGAAAAUAAAAUUCUUGGCCGACCGAGAUUACGACAGUUGAGGGUUACAAAUCAUUCAUGUACCGUUCAUAAAAAAUUUCAAGCACUAAUUCCAGAAUGUUUUGCUCCCUAUGGUAGCAAUAAAGAAGAUAAAAGCUUGUAUGGACCUGUUAAUGAUACAAUUGCCGAUACAGCAUGGCAUUAUCAAUCGUCAUCGGAAUUGAAAGGUUCAUCGGUAGCAGGUCUUAUCUCGACUUAUUCGGGAAGUGGUUAUGUUCAAAAUUUGGGAGUGAAUUAUGCUACAUCAAAGGCAAUAUUAGAUGAUUUAGAGCAAAAUUUAUGGUUGGAUCGUAGUACUAGAGUAGUUUUAUUGGAUUUUACUGUUUAUAAUGCUAAUAUCAAUUUAUUUUGUCAAAUACGAUUGAUGGUCGAAUUUCCAGCAACAGGUGGCGCUAUACCAACACAAUUAUUUAAUACGGUCAAAUUAAUUCGAUAUGUUUCAUCAAUGGAUUAUUUCGUCUUGGCAUGCGAAGUUUUAUUUAUACUAUUCACGGCAUAUUAUACAAUUGAAGAAAUAAUUGAGAUAUCACGAUAUCGAUUACAUUAUUUUAAAACAAUAUGGAAUAUUCUCGAUGUUGUUAUUAUUAUUAUUUCAUAUAUUUGUAUAGCAUUUAAUGUCUAUCGACAAGUUAAAGUUGGACAAAUAUUAGAUAGUCUAUUAGAAAAUGAAGAUAGUUUUGCUGAUUUUGAAUUUUUAAGUUAUUGGCAGGUACAAUUUAAUAAUAUUGUUGCAUUUGCCAUAUUUCUUGCAUGGAUUAAAAUCUUUAAAUAUGUUAGUUUUAAUAAAACGAUGACACAAUUGACUACAACAUUAUCGAGAUGUGCAAAAGAUAUAUUCGGUUUUGCGGUGAUGUUUUUUAUUGUAUUUUUGGCUUAUGCACAAUUGGGUUAUCUUCUUUUUGGUACAUUAGUGGAAGAUUAUCGAACAUUUGCUAUUUCAAUAUUUACUUUAUUUCGUAUUGUUCUUGGUGAUUUUGAUUUUGAAGCAAUGUUAGAAGCACAUCGUAUAUUGGGUCCAAUAUUUUUCUUGACAUAUGUAUUUUUUGUAUUCUUUGUUUUACUCAAUAUGUUUUUGGCCAUAAUUAAUGAUACAUAUUCAGAAGUUAAAGCAGAUAUUGCUACACAAAAAUCAGAAUUUGAACUUGGUGAUUAUUUUAAAAAGAGUUAUGAAAAAAUGUUAGAUAAAAUGAAUAUUAAACGAGAUCGUGUUAUUGAUAUACAAAAUGCAUUGAAACGUGCUGAUUUGAACAAAGAUGGUAUCAUUGACUUCGGCGAAUGGAGACGAGACUUAAAAGAACGUGGAUAUACGGAUGUUGAAAUUGAAAAUGUUUUUUCAAAAUAUGAUAUUGAUGGUGAUCGACAAUUAAAAGAUGCAGAACAACGACGAUUUCAAGACGAUUUGACUGCAGAAGAAAACGAUCUAACGAAAGAAAUAAAGGGUUUAGCUAGUUCAUAUUCGAAUAGUGAUGAAAUAAAAAAAAAUAAUCAAUUUAGAAACAAUAGUGGACGUCAAGAUGAUAAUGAAAAUGAUAAAAAUUCAGCAAAUAAUCGUAUAUCCUACGAUGAAUUUGCUGUAUUAUUGCGUCGUGUUGACCGUAUGGAAUAUUCAAUUGGAAAUAUUGUCUCUAAAAUUGAUAGUGUUUUAACAAAACUUGAAACAUCGGAAAAAGAUAAAAUGAAACGACGUGAAGCCAUGACAAAAAUAUUAGAUAGCAUCACCGAUGAUAAUCGUAUGAGUAAUGAUGCAAAACAUGAACGACUGGAAAAAAUGCUUCGUGAUGAAUUAGAAACAUGGGAUAGAAGUGAACGACAAACACCUUCACCCUCAAAUUUAUCACAACAAGCUGGUGCACCUGGAGCUCCAAGAGCCGGAAAUGGACCGCCACGACGUUUAAGCCCAUUACCAGUUGAACGACCUCGUCCGAUAAGUGGACUCAGCAUAAUAACAGAACUCAAAAUCGAUUUAGAAAAGAGAAAAACACCUUUACGUGAAGUUGUAUUAUACAUUCUCUAUUUGAUUAUUAUUUGUAUAAUAAGCUUUGGACGAACAAAUAAUAGUAUGUUCUAUUUUGCAAAUAUGUUAAUGACAGCAUUUCUCACUACAAAAACGAAUGAUGUAUCGUUCAAUGAUAUUGCCAACAUUGAAGAUUUCUGGUUGGUUCGUCGAGGUUCUUGUAAGUUGAGGAAAAAUUUUCAGAAACGAAUAUUUGUACAAGACUGUUAUGCUGUUUAUUCUUCGAGCACAGAAGAUAAAAGUUCGUUUCUUCCUGCAAGUACAACAAUUACUCCACAUGCCUGGAGUUAUCAAACUGGUUCUAAAUUAAAAAGUAGUUCUCACUAUGGAUUUAUAGCUCAUUACGGAGACGGUGGAUAUGUGCAAGAAUAUACACGAAAUGCAUCGUCAACAAUGGAUAUUUUAAAAGAAUUGAAAGAAAAUAACUGGAUUGAUCGUGCAACGAGAGUGGUAUUCUUAGAUUUUACGGUUUAUAAUGCAAAUAUCAAUCUGUUUUGUCAUAUGAGUUUUACAUUGUUUCGUGUUAUAUUGGGUGAUUUUGACUUAUAUGUCUUGGUUAAAGCUGAUGCAACAAUCGGACCAAUCUUCUUCUUUACUUAUGUAUUUUUUGUUUAUUUUGUACUGUUAAACAUGUUUUUGGCCAUCAUCAACGAUACCUAUUCAAAAGUACAAGCCGAUACAACGACUCAAACACUAAAAAUAGAAAUGGGCGUCUUUGGAAAGGGAUAUGCUAGAAUUUUACGACGUUUGAAUAUAAAACAAGAGAAAAUAACUGGAAUUGAAGAUACACUGAAACAAGCUGAUCAUGCUGUGAAUUUUGAUGAAUGGAAAGAUAUUUUAAGAGCUCGUGGUUACUCUGAUCAAGAAAUUAAAGGCUAUUUUGCCCAAUAUGACUCAGAUGGUGAUGGCAUAUUAGACACAGAUGAACAACAAAGGAUGAGAAAUGAUUUGUUAACACAAAAAAAUGAAAUUAACCGAGGAAUCAAAGGUUUGGAACAUGAAACUGAACCAGUAAAACAAAAGGAAGAAGACGUUGAUAGUGAAGAUGAACGGAUAAGAGAAGUAGCCAAUAGGCUCUCUUACGAUCAAUAUCUGAUGCUUGUAGGACGAGUGAAUCAAAUGGAGCAAGCAGCAGAAAGUAUGGUGGCAGAGCGAAAACCUAAAAAAGUGCAUACAUCAUCAAUAAAUGAUAAUCAGAAUAUAACACUUUAUUUAAAUCCAUUAUCCGAUGUUAAUUUAGUUUGUGAUGAUAUCGAUCCUAAAUUAAUCGUUGAUUCAGCAAGAUUAAAAUUACAAGAUGAUAAUGUAAAUGAUUUUUCUUCCGAAUCAUCAUCGUCAUACUCUGAAUCUGUAUAUGAAUAUUCAGAUAGUUUUGAACGAAAACUAGAACAAAAUUUAGAAUGGGAUAGUGAAAAUAACAAUUCAGAUAUAGAUGAUAUUUGGAUAUCGAAUGAGAAAAUGAGACGAGAAGGAAGCAAUUGGUCAUUGUACAAUAUGGUUUAA